UCUCGACGUGCUAUUGUACUUUUUAAGUAAAUGCUUUGCAUUGAAACGUGUUACUUCCUCUUUUGAGUAACCUAAUUUUGAGUGAAAGCGAUUAUUAUUUUUCUUGCUAAGUAUCAUCAAUAUAAUUCGAUACUUUCAAGUACAAGAUGAUGGCUGCUACAUUCAUUGUCUUCGUGCUACUGUUUGUCGUCUGUUCUUACGCAUCACCUCUUAGAAUGAUGAGCAUGUAUGGUUCUCCCAUACUUGUUGUACCGGUUCUUGUUCAAGAAUUAGACGAUCCUCAAACUUUGAUAAACAAGGAAUCGGUAUACGCAUUAAAUGACGGUUUUAAAGUUGCGAAUAGUAUCGCAACCCGCAAUAUUGAAAAACGCAGUGUAGAGGAAGCAAAUGAUGAUGAUCUUGAGAUUGCAGCUGGUACCAAUGUUCUUCGUCCUCUCUUCGUGUAUCGGCAACAGGUCGCGUAUCGACAACGUGCCAGGGGUGCUGUUCGAGGUAGAGGUAGGCGAAUAUAAGAAAGAAGCAAAAGCUGAUUUGGAGAUUUCAACAAUUGCAAUUUAUCUCAUUUUGGUAUUAUCUCAUUUUGGGAGGAUAAUACAUUCGAGAAAUUUGGAAACUUAUAAAGCCUCAAUGAGUCUGAAGAUUUUUAAAGUCCUUUAAAGACCUUUAAAGAAGGCUUGAAAGAAGAUCGGGCAAGAAAAAACUUUAUUUAAACAAAGAUACGCAAAGCCCAAAGGAAGAUGGAUAAAUUAUAGGGAAGCUAAGAUAGUUUCAUUUAAAAUGAUUCAAACAAAAUACAUAUAUUUUGAACAUAUAUUUUGAAAAAUAGCAAGCUGUGAUACGAACCUUUUUUAAACAAAACUGAUAUCUGUAGCUCGCCAGGGCUGUAUGAGAUAAAACUUGCUGCUCGCGGAUAUUUAUAGGUGUACCGUGAGCACACAAAAACUCAAACAGCAAAGCGGAAGACUCGCUCCAAUAUGAAAAUUUCGGGCGCAAAUAAAACUGUUUUCUUGUCGACGGAGCUUACCGCCGAGAUAAAAAAAUAUGUGAAGUAUAGAAAAACAUACAGAGAGUCAAUAACGGAAAGGAAAUUUUUGUACUGAAAAACGAGUAAAUUUUAAAACAGCAGCAAAGGGCGUUGAACUUGUUAGUAUAAUUAUGCUAAAAGAUUGUGGACAUUAUUUCAACGAGGAUUAACGGUAUAAAUUAACGGGUGUGAACUAAUCUUACUGAUUCAGAAAGGUUUUUCUUUUUACGACAAACGGAACAAUAAGAGCAAAAAAUCAAGAAAGCAUUUAGCUAUUUUAUGAUCAUACAUGAUCUCUUAUAAAAAUCCUAUAGAUUUAAGUCGGAUUAAAAUUAAAUAUACAAGAGAGUGAGCUGAUUAAAAUAAUAAACAGAAGAAUUAGAGGAAGCGGCAGUAUGUAUUACUUUAUAAUUUCUAAUGUAAUAAUUAGCGUUUUCUUUUAAUCAUAAGUCGGUUAUUACUUAAAAAUAACAUUAAUAAUUAAAAGCUAUCGACCAAAGUUGCCU